AUGCCGCCAGCAUACACUUCUUCGCAGAAGAGCGCUAUCGCAGAGUUCAGCAAUGUCACACAAGCGGACAAGAGUACCGCCGCGAAGCUUCUCAAGCAGCAUAGCUGGAACGUUGGUGCUGCGGUUAACACCUUCUUCAACAAUCCCUCGGCAGGUGGAGCCAACUCACUGCGAUCAUCACUAAGCAAGACGUUCGACCAGUAUCGCGACAACCCGAAAGACUCGCCCGAUGAGAUCACGAUCGAUGGCACCGGCAAGCUUCUUGAAGAUGCAGGUAUUGCGGUGGACGGUGUCGACUUCUUCAUCUUCUCCGAGCUCGUGGCUUCGCCAUCAAUGGGUACCCUCGCUCGAGAAGGCUUCGUGGACGGCCUCAGCGACGUAGGCGCAGACACUCCGGCUAAGAUCCGCAACAUCGUACUACAGCGGCGGUCGGCACUCAAUUCUGACCCAGAGCUGCUCAAGAAUGUCUACAACCACGCCUUUCAGCUCGGUCUCCAGGACAGGCAGAAGGCAUUACCGGUGGAGAUGGCACAGGAGUUCUGGAAGAUUCUCUUCACUGCACCAGCAUAUCAGUGGCGGACGAACUCAUCACCAUGGCUAGAUUGGUGGUUUGAGUUCUACACGGAGAAGGUCAACAAGGCUGUGAACAAGGACUUGUGGAAGCAGACAUUGAGCUUCGCGAAGGAGACCAUGCGAGAUGAGUCGCUCAGCUUCUGGACCGACGAAAGCAGUUGGCCGAGUGUCAUCGAUGAGUUCGUGGAGUGGGUGAAGACGCAGAAGAAGACCGGGGACGCCAUGGAGAUCUCGUAG